CACAAAGUGAGUUUCGAUUCCUGUUCCUGAUUUCAGUGAUGGCGACUGCAGAUCUGAGAGACGAGCUGAGCUGCUCCAUCUGUCUGAUCCUUUAUACUGACCCUGUAACUCUGCCGUGUGGGCACAACUUCUGCCAGGGCUGUAUUGGGAGAACAUGGGACACCCAGGAGGGAUCUGGGGCUUAUUCCUGCCCUGAAUGCAGAGAGGAGUAUAAGGAGCGCCCUGCCCUGCCCAGGAACAGAACUCUGGGGAACAUAGCAAAGCGACUCCUGACUAUUCACCCAGAACCUGAAUGUACCGAGAUCUUCUGCACCUACUGUGUCCUCUCUCCUGUACCUGCUGCGAAAUCCUGUCUCCAGUGUGAGGCUUCUCUGUGUGAUACCCACCUGAAGGGGCACAGCCAAUCACAGAAGCACAUCUUAACUGCCCCCACAAGUUCUUUUGGGGAGAGGAAAUGCCCCCAACAUGAUGAACCCCUCCAUUAUUACUGCCUCAGGGACUCCAUCUGUGUCUGUGAGUCCUGCUGUCGGAUUGGGGAGCACAGGGGCCACAGGGUGGAGCUGCUGAGUGAGGCCUCUGAGAAGAAGAAAGAGAAAGUGAGGAAAGUUCUGAAGAAACUGAGGCCAGAGAGAGAGGAGACUGAGAGAGGAGCACAGAGACUGCAGGAGCGCAGGAGAGAAGUGGCAGAAAAAUCAGCUGGUGAGACCGAGAGAGUCACUGCCCUGUUUAGAGACAUCAAGGAACAUCUGGAAGCCCUAGAGAAGCGACUCCUGAGUGAUAUCUCCAGCCAGAAAGAGAAGCUGUCACUCCCACUCACUGAUCUGAUCCACCAGCUGGAAAUAAAGAAGGACGAGCUGUCCAGGAAGAUCCGUCACAUUGAGGAGCUGUGCAACAUGGCAGAUCCACUCACUGUCCUACAGGAACGGGAAUCACAUGGAGCUGAAUUUUGUGGGGCAGAUAAUGAGGAGGAGGAUGAUUCUGAGGGGGCAGAUAAUAAGACCAGAGAGAGAGAUGAUAGAAAGGUCCCACCAGUAGAAGAUCUGGAUGUGGUUCUGAUCUCAGAGAUAAUAAUACAGAGCUUGGAAGGAAAAGUCAGUGAAAUAAAGAGAAGCUACUGCCCCCAGGAGAACCAAUUCCUGCUCCUGGAUGAUAACACGGCUCAUUGUUCUUUAAAGAUUUCAACUAACAGUAAAACAGCAGCACAGUGCCUAAACAACAAAGAUCAACAUGAGACAUCAAUGACAUUUCAGACUUGUACUCAGGUAUUAAGCACCAAGAGUUUUCCCUCAGGGCGACAUUACUGGGAUGUAGAUUGCAGUAAAGCAGGGAACUUGCGGGUAGGGGUGGCCUAUCCCAGUAUAGAGAGGAGAGGAGACAAUUCACUGAUUGGGAAUAAUAACAAGUCCUGGGUGCUGGUGGCUCACAGAAGAAUCAUUAGGAAUUUCAGACAUGAAUAUUCAAUUUCAAUGGCACAUGAUACAAAAGAAACCAGUUUAUCUUGCCCAGACAGAUCUGGGCCCAUUAAGCAAAUCCGAGUGUUUUUGGACUAUGAGGCGGGGCGUUUGUCCUUCUAUGAGCUGAGUGAGCCAAUCAGACACUUACACACCUUCAUUGCCACAUUCACUGAACCCCUCCAUGCUGCAUUCUGGGUACGGGGGGAGGGCAGUGUGACCAUUACUGAAUAGAAAAAGAGCCUUCUUCUCCUUUGUAAUUAUGGCUACAUGACUGGGGGAUCCUUGACUUCUAUAACCCUGCCCCCCAUAAGUUAGUGGGUGUAAGACCCCCAGUGUAUAGUGGGGGGAGAGGGGACUGUUGUGUCUUGUCACUGACAAAUUAUAUGAAGUGGGUGGAAGUGUGUGGGGUCCUAGCCACCAAUAUUUUUUAAUGGGGGGGCCUUGGCCACAAAUUCUUUUUAUGGGGGGCCCUGACCACCAAUAUCUUUUUAUUUUUAUUAACAUGUGGG